AUGAAAAUGGUCGAAAUAUAAAACUGCUUCCUUUCUGAAAACAAUUACAAAAUGGCCAAUCUUUUAAAAAAUAAAAUCUUAGAGAAUGAUAGGUAACGAAAAUGUAAUAAAAUAAGAGAAACAAUCCAUUUGACGGUUUAGACUGUCUGUGAAAUUUUAACUAACACAAUCUCAUAACCCAUGCAAAAAGUCUUGUCAAUAAGAGUAAAAAAACCAGAGUAUUCAGUUAGUCAAAGAAAUGAUGGAUUACCACAUUUAGAUAGUAAUUACUAAGGUCUCUAUUCACAUCAUUCCAAUCUUCCAAUAAAUAUUAUAACAAUAUUUUGAAAAGGGAAUUAAUGCAAAACAAUACUUUUCCAAUAAACCAGGUAGGAAUAGUAAUAUUAUAUUUAGACGAGCAGCUCAUGGUUCUUGGAAAAACGUUCAUUAGACUGAUAUGUGAAUGUAUAUUUGUUUGGAAUAUUUGGCACCCAAUUUUAGAAGGUCAAUAAUCAUCAUUUUAAAGAAUGUACUAAUUAAUUAAUUAAAAGAUAUAAUCAAUUAAUUGCAUAGGGAUUUGAAUUUCCUAAGUUAUUUUACUUUGAUUAAUAGAAAGUCAAAGAAUAUUAUAAAUAGUCCAAAGACAAUCUUUUGACUUAGGCAUCACCUCAUGAGAAAAAUGAAAAUGACCCAAACGAUUUUUAUUGCAUCAAAUAAAAAUUGGAUAAAAAUCAAUUUGUUAUAGGAGACUUAUAGAUAAUUAGAAACUCAGUUCUUUGUAAGAAAUUCAAAUUAUAUUAAGCACUUCAAAAUUGCAAUUUAAAUCUAAAUUAACAAAAGUUCUUAAAGAAUUUUGAGACGGCCUAUCAAGAGUAUGAGAAAACCAAAAGAUAUGAUGAAUUCAUCAUCACAAUACAAUCUAUGUAAAUUUCAUUUAAAUUAAAGUUGCCUAGAAUUCGAUGAUGAGACGGAAGACAAGUCAGCAAUUUUUGAUACUUUUUAAGUGAGAUGUCAAUCUAAUUUUACAGGUUUUUGUCCUUCUAAACACAAAGUUGGAGGCUAUUCUACUGAUAAAAUUAGUUAAUUCCACUCUAAUAACACUCUAAUAGUAUGAUUAAAUUGUUUAUUUAGUCGAAAAACUCCACUCCCAACGAAAAAUAAAAAUAAUUAGAAUUUUUGAAUGAGAAAAACAGGAGGAUUGAGCAACUAUUAAUAGAAAAUUCGAUAUUUGCCAAGUAGAUUCAAUUCUUUCAAGAGUAAAUCAAUAAUCUCAAACAAAAUACUGAACCGAUUGAUGGGUGAUUAAGAAUUUUUAGUUUCAAG